AUGGCCGGGUGCGUGUCCAGGGUGGAGCUGUCGGUGUCUUGCCGGAGCCUCCUCGACAGGGACCUGGGCUCCAGGUCGGAUCCCCUCUGCGUCUUGCUGCAGGAGGUGGGUGGAGGCCUAUGGGUUGAGCUAGAUCGCACAGAGAGGAUCCAGAACAGCCAAAACCCGGAUUUCUGCAAGAACCUCGUUGUGGACUGCUACUUUGAGAAAGUGCAGAAGCUGAAAUUCGGAGUGUAUGAUACUGAUAACAAGUGCUUUGAUUUAAGUGACGAUGACUACCUGGGAGGGAUCGAGUUCACCCUGGGACAGGUUGUUUCCAGCUCUGUGUUUACUUGGCCGCUGGAAUUGAAGCAGGGGAAGCCAGCUGGAAAGGGGACUGUUACGAUUUCAGCAGAGGAGAUCAAAGAUACCAGGGUUGUGCACUUGGAAAUGGAAGGCCAAAACUUGGACAAAAAGGAUUUCUUAGGUAAAUCAGAUCCGUUUUUGGAGUUUUACAAGCAGAGUGAUGCUGGAAUGUGGUAGCUGGUGUACAGAUCAGAGGUGAUUAAGAACAACUUAAAUACAUGCUGGAGGAAAUUCAGUGUUCCCUUGCAGAUGUUCUGUGGCGGAGAUUUUAAUAAACCUAUCAAGGUAUGGUGUGCAGAUUAUGACAGUGAUGGGUCACAUGACUCAGUAGGCAGUUUUGAAACUAACCUGACUCAGCUAAACAAAGCCAGUGAUGACUCUCCGAUGGAAUUUGAAUGCAUUAAUCCUGAGAAAAACAGAAAGAAAAAGAGCUACAAAAACUCUGACAUUAUUAGGAUAAAAUCUUGCAAGAUUGAGGCACAAUAUUAGUUUCUUGACUACAUCAUGGGAGGCUACCAGAUUAACUUUACAGUGGGCGUGGACUUCACUGGCUCCAACUGAGAUCCCAAGUCACCAGAUUCUCUUCACUACAUCAGCCCAGAUGAUAAUGAGUAGCUGAAUGCCAUCUGGAGUGUGGGAAGUGUAGUCCAAGAUUAUGACAUGGACAAGCUGUUUCCUGCAUUUGGGUUUGGAGCUCAGAUUCCUUCUAGCUGGCAGGUAUCUUAUGAGUUCGCUUUGAACUUCAACCCCAGCAACCCUUGUUGUCAGGGGAUCCAAGGAAUAGUGGGUGCCUACCACCAGAUCCUGCCUCAGAUUCGACUCUAUGGGCCAACCAAUUUCUCUCCUAUUAUAAACCUCGUGGCAAGGUUUGCAGCGCGCUGGGCACAACAGGGAACUCCUUCACAAUAUUUUAUCUUGCUGAUCAUCACAGGUGGAGAGAUCACUGACCUGGAUCAAACUAGGCAAGCGAUUGUUCAUGCCUCUAAGCUGCCAAUGUCCAUCAUUAUUGUUGGAGUUGGUAAAGCUGAUUUCAAAGCAGUGGAGUUCCUUGAUGGAGACAAUGGUGUCCUGAAGUCUCUGACAGGAGAGCCAGUUGCACAAGACGUUUGUGUCCAGUUUGUGCCUUUCAGACAGUUAAAUGCACUUUCCCAGAUGGUUCUGGCUGAAGUGCCUAAGCAGCUGGUGUCAUACUGUAAGUGGCAGGGAUGGCCACCUGUGAAAUGGUCAGAAAUAAUGAUGAAGUAGAUUGCAGCCUGACCCUGGCCACCUGUAUCACUGGCAUGAAGAAAGCUGUCUGCACCCAUGCUCUCCCUUGCACACACUGUCAGUGCUCAGUGCCUCAAGAUCGUACCAUUCACACUAAUUCUUUCACCUGCUUGUGCUCUGUAUCUUUGAUCUUUCCUGUUCCUAAUAGGAAGAACUGUAUAUAAGGAAAAACCCACAGCUGCUGGCAGUUUGUCACAGAAAAAUAGACCUUGCUGGUUUUCCACCUUGCAACAGUGACACAUCAUACCAUGCAUCAUUGCUUGACACAGCCCAUCUGCUGCAUGGUAUCACAGUGGGCAUGUGCACUGGGCUGCUCAUGCAAUGCUGCUUUGCUGUGCUGAGUUUCGUAGGAGAAGUACUGCAGUCAUGUUUGCUGUAAUGAUACUUACCGUGUGUUCCUUGAUAUGGUUUGUUUUGUUGGGUUUUUUUCUUUUUCUUCUGUGGGAACAGGGACCCUUCUGUCAUGAUGGGUACUGAAGUCUGUUGGUCAGAUGCCUGCGGUAGUUCCUGUUGUGCCUUCAUAAAGUGCCAGUAUAUUGCUGUAUACAGAGGUUUAUUUUUAAAUUUCAGUGACCAUACUUUGCAGUCUUCUUAAUCACGUUUUUCUAUCAGCAAAAAUUUCCUCUGUGAUAGUCUCUUGCUUGGAGCCACUGUUGCAGUUUAAGAACACUGCGGUCUGCUUAUUAGUGGGGGGGGGAUUAAUGAGGAUUAAUUGUUAAUUAAUCAAGAUUGGGAUUAAUGAGUCACAUUAAUGUGACUUUCAAAACCCAGCAACAAGGAACAUGAAAUAAAGAUGAUUUGAGUUAUUUCUUUGUCACAGAAGUUAUGAAAUGAAAAAGUAACUAUCUGUGGAACUCCAAAGAGGUGCUUCCUUGUCCUCAAAAAUGUGAAGUGUGUAUCACAUGGUCUGGGGACUGUAGAACAGGCACAUGGU